UAAAGUACCCAAUAAGCUUUCGAGUUGGUCACUGUCAUGCAGAUAUAAGUUGGCGUUGGCCGUGUGCUAAGUUAAUUUAAAUUAAUAUUUACAUUGAAGACGAUGUUAUUAUCAUAAAAGAAGAAAGACAAACAUAAAUGCAAGCUUAAUGAUAAAUGCACUGUGCAAAUGAAAGAGGGGUUUGUGUGUAUCCGCAUAAAAUACUGGACUGGAAGAUUAAAAAGAAAGAAAUCAGUGUCUGGGCAGAAAGUGAAGUAUGCUAUAUAUCUUAUUAUUUUUUUUAUUCAGUAUUGAAAUCCCAUGCACACCUUGGCCUGUCCCCAAACUAAUUCCAAGUGAACAGCAAGCUAAAAAAAUCUGAUUGUUACUUUCGAUAUUACAGAAAAUCCACCCACACAGUAGGGUAAAGCUUGAGAAAUAUAGUUUGUGCAGUUAAAUCAAACUAAGCUUUCUGUUUGGGACAAAAGCUUUCUUCUUUGGUCAUUUAGGAUACUUAUGCCAGCUGGGAGAGGGGGGGGGGGGCACUCUCCUAUAUGGGCUAUGGGCUAUUUAGGUAUGUGCGGCCCCAAAGGUUAUGGCUUCUGAAUGGUUUCGGUCUGAAAAGGGUAUAGAUUGUUUUGGUCUGAAAUAGGAUAUAUUUUUCACUCUAGCUUGGCGUUGAGUAUUUUGUUUAUGAGGGACUAUUUUUUCCACAUCAACAUUCCCAAAUUUGUAGCUCUUCUCAAAUGUUGCGGCAAUUGGAAGCCAAUUCUGGUUAGCUGUGGUCAUAUAUUAGAGCCGUGUACUAAUUGUAGAGGUCUGAAAUGGGUUUUCAAUUUUUCACUCAGGUCUGAAAAAGGGUAUGGAAAUCACAGAUUUUGGUCUGAAAUAGGGUUUUGAGGUUUGGACCACACAGCCCCUCCAAAAACUUUGGGGAGUGCCCCCACCCCUUCGGCCAUUAUGGUAGUCUUCUUCCAUUCGACGAAACCUGUCCACAGCAACUGUAUCGUAAGAUUUCAUGGCGCUAAAAAGUUCCUUAGUUUGGUGGACAUAAACUUGAGAAAAGUUACCCUCCAUAUGCCUAUGUGGAGACCAAAAUGUGCUGUCGCACUGUCUUGGUCCCUGUAGUUUCGCGAGGUACAAGUUAAGGGUGAGGUGUUUCCACUUCUUUUUCUUUCUCACAUGAUUUGUCAACUGGCGUAAAUCUAAAUCUAAUUUAUGACAGAUAAUUGCUUGAGCAACGGAUGAAAACAACCGAAAGUUUGAGAACUUUUUCUGUCCUCCUCGUCCACCAUUUUGUUGUGAUGGGGGAUGAUCACUGUCCCAACCAAACGCUGCUUUAGGGCUCAGGUGAACAUUUGACCAAUCAAAUUACUGAAAAGUUCUUGCAGAAGCCAAUCAGAUUAUUGCGCGGGAAACACCAACCAAUCACCGGUGCAACGAACAAGCGGGAAUUUGUGCACUCUGUUUGCUUGUAUGAAAGAAAAUAUAUGAGCGUAAACUUCGACUUUAUCACGAGAGGGUUAGAAAAAAGUGCCCAAUUUUUCCAGUUGCCUCAUGGACGCUUUCCAGAAGCUCGAGAAAAUUGGAGAGGGAACAUAUGGAGUUGUAUAUAAAGCAAAGGAUAAAGGCUCAGGGCGAACGGUUGCGCUGAAAAAGAUUCGCUUAGAUACAGAAUCUGAUGGCGUACCAAGUACAGCAAUAAGGGAAAUUUCUUUACUCAAAGAGCUUAAUCAUCCCAAUGUGGUUAGAUUGCUAGAUGUGGUUCCUAGUGAUAAAAAGCUGUUCCUUGUAUUUGAGUACCUAGAUAAAGACCUUAAAAAGUAUAUGGACUCGGCACCUGCUGGUGGAAUUUCUUUGUCACUAGUUAAGAGCUACCUGUACCAGUUGUUAAGUGGCAUAGCCUUUUGCCACUCCCAUAGAAUUUUACACAGAGAUCUUAAGCCACAAAAUCUCCUUAUAGACUCUCAUGGGUCCAUAAAACUGGCAGAUUUUGGUUUAGCUAGGGCUUUUGGGGUUCCAGUAAGAUCAUACACCCAUGAAGUUGUAACUUUAUGGUACAGAGCACCAGAAAUUCUCUUGGGUUGUCGUUAUUAUUCAACACCUGUAGAUGUAUGGAGUAUUGGUUGCAUAUUUGCAGAAAUGAUAACAAGAAGAGCCCUUUUCCCAGGGGAUUCUGAAAUUGACCAGCUAUUUAGAAUUUUUAGAACAUUAGGGACUCCAGAUGAAAGGUUAUGGCCUGGAGUAGCCGAACUUCCUGAUUAUAAAAGUUCCUUUCCAAAGUGGCCGGUACAAAAUCUUCUUCAAGUUAUACCCGCCCUUAGUCAACCAGGCGCUGACUUAUUACAGCAAAUGCUUGUUUAUGAACCAACUAGUCGAAUAUCCGCAAGAAAUGCCCUUAGCCAUCAGUUCUUUGACAGUGAUGUCAGAAGAAGCAUACCCAAGUUUACAGUUUAGUAUAUCUAAGAGAACAAUUUUAAUUGUUUAACUAUUAAAGCACUGUUUUCCCAGGCUUCAACAAAAAUAUGGUGUUAAAAACACUUAGAAAUAAACCUUUGGUCCUGUGGACAAAUUAUGCCAUUCCAGAAAAGUACAUAAGAGCAGUAAUGCUUUCACUCCAACACACAGCAUGAUUUUCAUAUGAAAUAUUUCAUAAAUAACAAACAUUCCGGUAUGAAAAAAUAAUACAAGGUCCUUUUAAAAUCGUAUUAUGUAUAUUCACAUGCCUUUCUCACUGUGACAUCAGUUUAAAUAAUUGCAAGAAAGGUGAUCGAAGUCCAUUGGGCAACCUUAAUGUCUUGAGUGAUUUAUUUUUAUGCCACUUUGGACAGCUUAUCUGUCAGAUUUACUAAUUUUGUAAAAUUCAGAAGUAGCCUUGAUAUAUAAAUGUAAAUAGUUGUACUUGAGUGUUUCAUUGUAUUGUAGAUACAUGUAAUUCUUAUGGAAAAUAUCGAAAACUUUUUGUAUUACUUAAUUUAAUUAAAGUAUUCUUGACAACAAGUGUGACAAAUGCAACAAAUAACAACAGAAAUUAAAUAUUACAAACUUUGGAAGUAAUUUAAUUGUUGUCCCUUUUUGUCUGCACUAAUGCCAGAGUGACCUGAAAAACUUAGCAUCCUUCACUUGGAGUGCAUGACGAGCAAAUAGAAGUUUUCUACAUAGGACAGUAACAGCACCCAGCUUAUUGCAGUUUCCGCAGCAUUAUUUGUGAAUGGAGUAUUGAGCUACUCCCCCAAAGGUUACCCCUUCAUGCAUUUUAUCAGAUUGUCUGAUAGUUUGCCGUUACCCAUUUGUACUCCUGUGUUGAUAAAGGCAUUGUGAGUCUCUUGCGUUGAACACUAGACCUUGAAUCAAACUCUAUUUUUCCCAGUGUCCCUUCUGCUGGCCAUGCUUUGAAAUAUGGAGACGAAUGGGUGUGGCUUAUCGUGUUAUUUUUUUGCAACACUUGUAGUGUUGAAAAAAAUCUGGAUACUUAUUCAUUCGGAGGAAUUUUUAAAAACACUGGGUACUUGCUACAACAUGAUAUAAAUAUGCACCAUCAUCUCGAAGAUCAUGGGUUGUUUAGGGCCUCCAUUGAAAAACUACAAAGAUCAUCUCCAAAUAACUUUCUGUUUUUAAAAGCCUUCACUUUACGGCAACAGUAUAAAAACUGGUAAGCAGGCAAGUCUCUGAUGCAAAAAUAAUUAUAUUAAUUGCAAAUUACACAACACAUAACUACUAAAAAACUUGUUUUACUUCUUGUAUAACACUUGAUGCUGAAAGCGUUCUUCUAUUAACAUUAAAAAUAACACACCAAGAGUUCCAAAUAAGUAAUGUUAUAAGUAAUACCUCUCUCAUGUGUUUGAGUUCUAAACUUUAUUUGGAAAAUUUUGGCUACCAUUCUGAAGAAAACAAUCUUUCAUUAGGUUUCUACAUUAGCCUGCUUUCAUAUAACAGCUAUUACUUUUAAUUAUACUCAGCGAACACACAACAUCAAAAUAAUAACUUGUACAGAGAGACUGUACAAUUUGAGCCUUUGGUGCCUUACAUUCAUUCAACAAG